CCCGGAACAAGGUAUGGCCCCACCCCUAGUGCAGACGUCUGGAGUGAGUUGCCAUGGCGGCGAUGAACAGUUUGGCUUCUGCGUUGGAGUCCUACAGGACCCGGGACCGCCUGAUCCGAGCGCUGGGGUACUGCUGUCAGCUUGUUGGUGGGGUCCUGGUUGAACAAUGUUCUACCAGGUCUGAACUGGGGAUGCGCUUGCUGGUGGUGUCCUCCCAGCUCAGCCACUGUAGAACUAUCCUGCGACUCUUUGAUGACCUGGCCAUGUUUGUCUACACUAAGCAGUAUGGCCUGGGGGCCAAGGAAGAAGAUGUCUUUGUCCGCUGGUUGUCUGUCCUGGGCAACAUGGCUGACCAGUUAUACUAUCCAUGUGAGCAUGUCGCCUGGGCUGCUGAUGCCAAGGUCCUCCAUGUGGACUCUGCCAGGUGGUGGACAUUGAGCACGGCUCUCUGGGGUCUCUCCUUGCUUCUUGGGGUCGUCAGGUCCCUGUGGAUGAUACUGAAACUGAGGCAGAAGUUGCGGAGCCCCAUGGCCACUUUCACCAGUCGGCUGUCCUGGAGCAAGCGGAGGGCUGUGGAAGUACAGAUGCAGUCAGAGAUGCUGACGCUCAUCAGCAACCUUGCUGACCUGGCCAAUGCUGUGCACUGGCUACCACCAGGCAUCCUGUGGGCUGGCUGCUUCCCUUCCUGGCUGGUGGGCCUCAUGGGUACCAUCUCUUCCCUGCUUAGCAUCUAUCAGGCAGCCCGAGCUGGCAGCCAAGAAGGGGGUGGCAGUCCCUAACACAGCUCUGAGGAACAGUCAGACACACUUGACACAGAGCCCUUCUCAGAGUAGGAGCCAGCCAGAGGUGCAUUUGUAAUUACAUCCUGAGGCAAGCCUAGGGAUGGGGUGGAAAGGCUGCGGUUGUGACACUUCUCUACGGAGGACACAUGAGGAGCCAAGGCUGAGCUUAGGAAGUCCCAGGAGGCCUUGUGCAGAGGUUCUUGUAUCCAUCUGAAGGUGAGCAGGAGAGACCAUGUGCCUCAAGUUGGGUUUUGGAAAAGCUUGAAUGAAAAUUAAUUAAAUAUUGUGGUGCUGGUACUA